AUGUGCAAGUCUUGUGCAGGAUGCGUUCGCGUGCUGAUGAUUGUGUUUAACAUCCUGUUUACAAUCAUAGGGAUGAUUGUUUUAUCCGCUGCUCUGUACUUCUACUUUUCAACAUUCGGGGUUAGAGGUACUGAUCAGCACAAUAUAUUGGCUUAUACUUAUAUCGUUCUGGCUGCUAUUGGGGCUCUGAGCUUUGUAUUGGGAAUAUUAGGUUGUUGUGGCUCAUAUCACUAUAGUCGAUGUUUGUUGGGCUUUUAUUUUGCUCUGUUACUGGUUAUUUUCGCCAUCGAAAUUGCUAUUGGCGUAGCUGGGUUCGUUCAUAGAGAACAGGCACGUGCAAUUAUCCACGAAACACUUAAAGAAGGUGUUGAAGAUUGGAAAAAUUCCAACAAUGAAGUUCGAUGGAUGGAUGCAAUCCAUGUUAUGUUCCAAUGUUGCGGUUACAAUGGACCUACAGACUAUGGUAUUGCUAAAGUCCCUUCUUGUUGUUUAAAUGAUCAAUGUGCUAUGGAUUUCGCUUUGCUCAGUUUUCAGACGGGUUGUAAAGAAAGAAUUGACAAUAUUAUGCAUAAUUUCCUAAUCAUAUGUAUCUCGGUUAUUACAAUAGCCCUCAUUGAGCUGAUUGGUUUGAUAUUUGCAAUGACUCUUUGUUGUGCUGUGAAUGGUCGUGAUCCAAACGCUUAUUAUCGUGCAGUACAAACAGCAUAA